AUGCGGUUCCUUACUCUCGCUCUGGCGUUUCUGGGAUUUCUAGGCAUGGCCUCGGCGGCCAUUGACCUGGAUGGUGUCCCGAGUUGUGCAGUCAGCUGCAUGAUCAAGGCGCUCACGCAGUCAACGUGUCCUGCCACCGAUGCAGCGUGUCUCUGCGUCGAUCCAAAGUUCAACGCAGCCGUGGGACCAUGCAUCCAGCAGACAUGUAGCAUCAAAGAGAUCCUCAUCACCACGAAUGCCACUUGGUCACAAUGUCAUUUCCCCCUCACGGACGAGAGGCCCACGAUUUACUGGAUCAGUGGCGCUGUGACUGUCGUUACUGUCGCCUUCAUGGUUAUGCGGCUUGCUUCCAAGGCCAUGAAGCUUUCAGUGUGGGGGGCUGAUGACACUGUUAUCAUGAUUGCUUUUGGCAUGGUCAUCGCUUACUACAUCGAGCUUUUCUUCUUCGUUCGUGCUGGGCUUGGCAGAGAUAUUUGGACGCUUCACGACUACGACAUCACAUACUUCUUAAAGCUCCUCUAUGUCUUUGAGUUCUUCUACUACAUCGGCCUCGCUUCCAUCAAGGCCUCAAUUUUGUUCCUGUUCCUCAGGAUCUUCCCGGACAACCGCUUCCGCAAGAUCCUCUGGCUGAUGCAGGGUCUCAACUUGCUCGUUGGUUUAUCCUUCGUCAUCCUCUGCUUUUGCGAAUGUCAGCCUAUCAACUUCUUUUGGAACGGCUGGGAUGGAGAGCACGAGGGGACGUGUUUGGACCUGAACCGUAUCGGGCUCAGCCACGUUGCUUUGAAUAUCACCCUAGACGUGGUGAUGCUUAUCCUGCCCAUCACCCAGCUUUACAAGCUUCAGAUGGACAGGAAGAAGAAACUGGGUGUGAUGGCGAUGUUUCUUGUCGGUAUCUUCCUCACUAUCGUCAGCAUCUUGCGCAUCAAGACGUUGAUUGCCUUCACAACGUCAUUGAAUACGACUGCCGAUUCCGUAGCAGUCGUACUCUGGGCCUACGUGGAACUCGGCGUUGGCGUCGUCGUCGCCUGCCUGCCCAACGUGCGCCAGCUCCUCAAAACGCUUCCCUCCAAGGUUGUUCACCUGUCGAACGCCGUGGCAUCCGCAAUGGGCUCAUCAAUGUCAAGCAGCCGCACGGUGUCAGUCUCUCAAGUGUACCACGACAAACCGAACAAGUCGUUCGGCGACACGACGACGACGAUGGCGACCGACACGACAAUAGCUCCUUCGGUAGCAAGUCGCUCGCCUCGGGCCUCGCAGUAA